AAAACAAAACAAAAACAAAAACAAAAAAAACAGGAAGCAAUGCACAUCAGAGUAUUCUGAUGUAUACUAUGGGAAAUGUAGUUGUGUAAAUAUACAGAUCUAGAGGGGGGAGAGAGAAAAAUUGGAAGCUUGACAUGGGUGGGGUUAACACCCAAGGCUGGAUGACAGAGAGCGGCAGAGAAAAGAGUGAGAGAGGAGUUGGAAACUGAGAGAGAAGGAGGUAACAGGCUAUAGAAACGUGUUGAGAACUGUUUUCCUCCCCUGUUGUCACACAGUUUUGAGCAGGUGGAAGGAACGAAUGAAGGAGUAAAUAGCAGUGAAAGGAUUGAGGGGUACAAGGAAGCAGAUGAGGUGAAAGAGGCCAAAAGAGGGUGUUGCGUUUCACUUCUAGCUAUCUCCCCCAACCGUGACCCUGCUGCCUUUUGCUCUAUCACCCCAUAACUCCAAGGGGAGACUGGGGUCCCUCAGGGUGCCCCUGUUCAAUGCUCCAGAAACACCAUGUGCCACACCUGGAGAGGACUCACCACUGCCCCAUAGACAGCCAAGACUCCUGCGCACCCUCCCUUUUUGUCCGAGGACACCACUAACUUCCCACAUUCCCUACUGGCCAAGAUGAAGAAGGUGGGGGCAUGGACAGCAGAGGAUGUCUCCCACUGGUUGAGCGAAGAGGGGAUGCAGGAGUACGGCGAUGCCCUCCGACAAAUGGACGGUGCCACUCUGCUGCGGCUCACUGAGGCAGAUUUCCAGAUGCCGCCCCUCUCUCUGGUGUCUUCGGAUGGUGGGCAGCAGUUGUUGGAGCGAUUGGAGACACUGCGAAUAGAGACCCACAUCGAGGCUCACAAAAACGGUCAUGCCAAUGGGCAUGUCAGCGGGCUGCCCAACGGGACUAGCAAGCCCCAGAGGAACGGUUCCCUGGGGAGGAAUAACUUCAAGGAGAUGGUUCACAUCCCCAUGCCAACGAUGGAGGACGCACGCUCGCGAUUCCCUGCUGAGUGGGGGAAGACAGGUGUAGCUUUCAUCUAUGCGGUGGUGUGCUUUGUCACCACCACUGUUGUAAUUUCAGUCGUCCAUGAGAGAGUACCAACCAAGGAGCACACCCCACCCCUGCCUGAUAAGUUCUUUGACCUGUUUGACAGAGUAGAGUGGGCCUUCUCCAUCUGUGAAAUAAACGGCAUGCUUCUGGUGGGGCUCUGGAUCAUACAGUGGACUCUGCUUAAAUACAGGUCAAUUAUAGGCAGGCGGUUCUUCUUCAUUGUGGGAACACUGUACUUGUACCGGUGUGUUACCAUGUACAUCACCACUCUGCCUGUUCCUGGGAUGCACUUCAAAUGCUCUCCUAAGCUCCUUGGGAACUGGGAGGCACAGAUGAGGAGAAUAAUGAAGAUGAUUGCUGGAGGGGGCCUAUCCAUCACAGGAUCACACACUAUGUGUGGAGAUUAUCUGUAUAGUGGCCAUACCGUUAUGUUAACGCUAACUUAUCUCUUUAUCAAGGAGUACUCCCCUAAGCGGUUCUGGUGGUACCACUGGUUCUGUUGGAUCCUGAGUGCCGUGGGGAUUUUUUGCAUCCUUCUGGCCCAUGACCACUACACUGUGGAUGUGGUGGUUGCAUACUUUAUCACUACACGCCUCUUCUGGUGGUACCACACUCUGGCCAACCAGCAGUCAUUGAAAGAAACAUCACAGAGCAACCCUUUCUCCCGGGUCUGGUGGUACCGACUGUUCCAGUACUUUGAGGAGAAUGUCAGUGGGAUAGUCCCGCGGAACUAUCAGCUGCCGUUGUCAUGGAGAGCAUCACCGUGGAACCGCGGUGUGAAGUACAGCAGACUGGAUAAUCAGUGACCCUGGCCAUGUAAACAGAGGCAAGGGCUGUGUGGCAACAGAGACUUCCCAAAGUGCUGUAGUUUUCCACGGAAGAUGGCACUGUUCAAUGUAGCGCUGUCCUUUCACCUCUAGUACUCAGACACAUCCCUGUCCAAAUGGCUAGCACUGUGACCCACCUCCAUCAUUUGAUCUUUUUUAUACACAUAUAAAUAAUUUCUUUUCUCUUGUCCUAUCUCUCUCUCUCCAGAUAAUUUUUGUUAACUCAAAGCACUAAUUUAUUUUUGUUUCUUUGUAUCCCUCCUCCCCGGGCCACACUGCAGUUUCUGCUGUAGCAGAUGUAGAAAGCAUUUCAACAUAACAUUUCAAAACUUGGUUUGAUGGCCAUAAGGACUUGGAAAUACCUUUUUUUGUUGGCACAAAAACAUACAAAGAUAAUGUCUUUUUGUUCUUACAAAAUGUAGUACAAAGAGUGUCAAUCAAAUGUUUAUUUGAUAACCAAAAUGCCAUAAGAAGUUCCUUUUUCCUUUUUAUAGCAAAUUACUUUUUGUAAACUAUCCUUGCUAUAAUGAGUCAAAGGUGCAAAAAAAAAAAAAAAAAAAAAAAAGAAUUUUCUAAGUCUUUCAACAACUUUAUUUUUCAAAAGCAACUGAUGUCCAACAGAAGAUUUUUAGAUUUUUACCUUUUUCAAGAUGGAUAAACUGAGAGCAAACGCAUCUAAUGUGGUAAAGCAGAAUCCCAGUGCCUUCCUUAGCUUGAUUGUAUAACAGUUCAAGUAUGUGUCUUGUGUCCCUCUGCCUUGAGUGUGGGUCUUUCCACAAGGUGGUAUGAGGCGGUACCUAGUGACAGUUAAUGAUCUUGUUCUCAUGAAUGUAAGAAUAAUUACGCCAGCCUUACCAGAAGAUUGGUCUUCCCAAAAUGAAGCGUACUGAGUGAAAUGUCCCAUUUAUUUAUUGAUGUUUUAUGAUAUCAGUUUGUGCGUAGCUGGUCGAUGCUGUCCUAAUAGAAAGAAAUUGACUGUUAAUUUUAGUUUUAUUUAUGUCCGUAUCAUUUCCUGUUUACCAGCCAGUCCUGACCUUGCCCCAGCCAUGUUUGGAGCUUGUCUUUGCUGUUCACUGAUGCUCAAAGAUUCGUGGACACCAAAACCCUUUCACCAUGACAUUAGCUGUUCAAUAUCAUUUUCUGAAAAAUUGAAUAUGAAAUCUCUCUGAGAUUGUGGAGUAAGUGUGAAAAUGGUUAACAUACUCUGGACCAGGAGCAAGACUUGACUUGUGCAUCACUGCUGCAACUCUGAAGAGAUAAUGAGCCCGUCUCUUGUUCUCCACAUUGAGUUCCACUCCAAAAUUACCAGCCACAUAGUUAGUAGAGAAGUGUAGUGAUGAAAUCACAAUGCCAUAAUGUUUUUACAAUCAUCGUGUGUGUGUGUGUGUGUGUGUGUGUGUGUGUGUGUGUGUGUGUGUGUGUGUGUGUGUAUGUGUGUGUGUGAGAUGUUUGUAACCUGUCUAUGUUUUGACUGAGAGGAAAAUGUCCAAUUUUGGCUUCAAUUUUGUGCUAUUCCCUAAAUGUGGCAACUGUGAGCUUGGGAAUGUCAGAGUUGUUAAAACAGAAGCUUCAGGCAAAGUUUCUGAGCAUGUAAUGGGUAUGUGUAUGCUAGUUGGUAGUCCUAUUUAUAUUCCUUGUGUAUUGAACUAUUCUGUUAUCAUAUAUUUUGAAGACAGUGUAUAUGUUCUACAUUGCCUCAAAAAGUGCAAUGCCAAAAAACAUCCCAACAUACUUUCUAAUUGUACUACAUAUUCUAUAUGGAGCUGGUGUGGGGAGAACAAGCUGAAGCAUGAUGCACAGGACUGAUGAUAUACUGGGCCAAAAGUAUAUAAACAGACGAUAACAAGUAGAUUUCCAAGAAUGUGAAUAUGCAUUGUCCUAAGCAUACUUACAUGUUUUUCUUUGCUUUCUUUUGCAAUCACUGAAUCAUAAAAAGUAUUCAUCUGCCAGGAAAGACUGAAUGCAUUAAGUAGCACUCUUACAUGGAAACUCAAUUUCAAAUGGUGUACUCAAGUGAUCGAAGCUAAUACAUUGUCAUACUCUACCAAGUAGCAGCAAGUUCACUUCAAAAGUUAUAAAGCGAUUUUAGUUUUUACAUGGAAAAACUGCACUAAACACUAGAAUACAAAUUCUUUAUAAUGUAAUGAAUUGAUUCAAAUGUUGUGAGGGAAGGGGGUUAGAACAGAACAUAAUGUUAAAUGUGAGGUAAAUUAAUCCCUUUUUACACCACCGACAGUCUUAAUAUGUAAGAGCCAGUUAGGAAAUACACCCCCCUUCCUGUAGCACCUUCCCCUCCACUCUGGAAUGUUUUUGUGAAAUUUUGUCUUAUGAGCACAGCAGGUUCCUCACUCAAGAAUUGAACUAUGUUGGUGCAAAUCAGAGCACUGCAAACAUGUUUGACUGAGGACCUUGAUGGGGACAUGAUGGUCGUUAGAAGUAGAGACCCAUUUUGUCUCCUCCUUUACUUGUAGUUGCCAAUCAAGCUGGAAAUAUUUUUUUUUCUUCCAAGUUAUGAAAGUUUGUUAUCCUGUUUUCUCUGUGAAUCAGUGAUCCAGUCUGUCCCUUUUUUCUGUGUAUACCAGAUGUUUGUAAGCUAUGAUAAAUAUGACAGGAUUCUACCUGGGAAGCUUUUGAAUAAAAAAUUUUUACU